CGGAAAGAUACAAAAAAGUUAUCGAUUUAAGAUGUAAGUCCGGUAUAAGUUUGCGUGUGUUGUUUUUGAAUUAUUAAAGAAAAUAACGCACUGCUCUACAUCAUCGAUUCAUAUUCGGGGAGAAAUAAGAGAAGGAAGAUCAGUCACCCGGAAAUGUUUUUUAUCGAUAUGUCACAACAAAACAGAUGCAAUCUGUAUGCUUGGCGAUCAAAAUAUUUAAUAAGCAGUUGCUAGAGGGAGGGUUCUGCUCGUCUUUCUGUUCAAGCUUUUAAUCUGUGUAAAAUUGCAGUAUCAUCCACAUCAUGUGAUCGAUAGGACGUGUCUCUGAUAAUGUUUAAAAUUAUUGUCUUAACAAAAGCAGUGUAUCAACGUUAAGAAAAAUUAAUAAAGUAAUAAUAAAAUAAAAGUAUGAAAGUGGAAAAUGUACUUAGUCGGACGAUAGAAAUUUGGCUUCGAAUUUUCGGCAUCUGGCCGGACUCAUCAUGUAUUUCGCUACGCAGAUUAUUCUGGAUUAUUGCGCUCGCAAUCGAACAAAUUUUUCAUUAUCAAUAUAUUAUAAUACAUUUCUAUUCUAUCGAGUUUUUUGAAGUGAUGGGCAUAUUAGGUGAAACAAUGACAUUCUCGAUAAUCAUAAUUAAAAUUGUUACUUUCUGGUGUAAGCAACGAACAUUUUGCAACAUGUUAAUGAUGAUGGCAAUCGAUUCAGAAAAGUGUUCCAGCAGGGAAUUCAGUAUGUCCGUAAUGACACGAAACGCCAAACUGUCCCGACGUUUCGCUAACCUGACAUUGGGCCUUUAUUCUAUGGCUGUAAUUUUACACAGUAGCCAUAUUAUCGUGAAACACACAGGUGAUGACAAAAUUUCCAAUACUUCCACGCGAGCGCUCGUUAUGGACAUGAACCUACCAUUUGAUCUCAAUCAAACAUACGUAUAUGUGCUGAUCAUAAUUAUUCAAUUUGCUCACGUACUGUUAUGCUCUUGUGCAAACGGCCUUUUAAACGCCUUACUGAUAAAUUUGACACUGCACAUAGGUGGUCAAAUCGAUAUUCUUUGUGAAUGGUUGAUGGACAUUUUUCCAAUAAAAGAGAAGCACAAGCCAAAUGUCAUUAUAAUAAAAAAAAUAAUUAAGAAACAUCAGCAAAUCAUCAAAUUUUCAGAGUAUAUCGAAGAUAUGUAUUCGAAUAUUGCGUUGGCGCUAUUUGUAUCAGAUACUUUAAUUAUCUGCUGUUUAGGUUUUGUAAUUGUUACGUCAGUUGGAACACCCGAUGCUGUGAAAAUUAUAAUGAGAACACUCUUAUUUUACUUCGUUAUGAAUAUGGAAGCAUUUGCGUUCUGUUUUGCUGGAGAAUAUUUAAGUACUAAGAGCAACAGUAUUGGGGAUGCUGCGUAUAAUUCAUUCUGGUACGAAUCGAAUUCCAAAAAUAAUCAAAUUACAUUAUUUUUGAUAAUGAGAUCACAGAAGCAAUUAACCAUUACAAUUGGAAAAGUUACGAAUUUGUCUUUGGAACAGUUUACCAGUAUUAUAAAGGCUUCAGCCUCGUAUAUUUCGGUUCUACUUGCGAUGAAUUAAAGCGAGAUUAUACAUCAAAUAUUUUUAAACA